AAACACCAAACCACAAACCACAAACCACAAACCACAAACCACAAACCACAAACCACAAAACACGAACCAAAAAACACAAAAACACAAAAACACAAAAACAGGCCCAUGGCGCCCAGCGACGGCACCGAGACGCGGCCGCCAUACGGCCAGGCCCCAUAUAGGCCGCCCAGCAGCGACUCCAAAGAGCCCCCUUCGGACACAAAAACGCCCCCGGAGCCGGCGGCCGGCGGCAGCCACGAGCAGCGGCCCCACGGCGCGCAAAACGACAACAAUUCCCGCGGCGCAUGCGGCGCCGAGCCCGGCCCGGAGCCCGGCAGCAAGCGCUUCAUUCUCCAGCGCUUCACCAUCUACAACCUGGCGUCCACCAUGUUCAUCGUGGGCAGCAACGCGCGCGAGUCGUUGUUCCGCAUCAUGGAGAUUGCCGCCGACAAGGACGCGGCGCGGCCGCCGCAGCUCUUGGAGAUCCGCAGCUACUUCUACACGCGCAACGACAUGGCGGGGUUGCUCGAGGGCUUGAACGAGCUGGUGGAGGGCGGCAUCCACAAGGUGGCGCAGGCGUACGGGCUCGCCGGGCUCAUCCGGUUCACGCGCGAGUACUACUUGUUGGUGGUCACCAAGUGCAGCCAGGUGGCCGUGGUGGGCGGCCACUACCUCUACCACGUGGACGAGACCAAGUUGGUGCCGCUCUCGCUCGCGUACCGCCGGCCGGACAAGUACAGCGACGAGGAGCGGCUCCUCCUGAUCUUCAAGUACUUGGACUUGGGCCGCACGUUCUACUUCAGCUACACGUACGACAUCACCAACUCGUUGCAGCACAACUGCAUGGCGCAGCGGCGCGGCGGCGGGCGGGCGGCGGCGGGCGGGCACAACGCGCGGUUCAUGUGGAACAGCCUCCUCCUCGAGCCGGUGCUCACGCAGCCGGAAAUCGCCGCGUUCGAGUGGUUCCAGCCGCUCGUCCACGGCUUCAUCGACCAGGCCAACGUGCUGAUCUACGGGCGCAAGAUCUACAUCACCAUCAUCGCGCGGCGCUCGCGGCACUUUGCGGGCGCGCGGUUCUUGAAGCGCGGCGCCAACGACCGCGGCAACGUGGCCAACGAGGUGGAGACCGAGCAGAUCGUGCUGGACAUGCUCACGUCGUCGUUCCACGACCCGGCGCACGGCGUGUACGCCAGCCCCCGCCACACCAGCUUCGUGCAGCACCGCGGCUCCAUCCCGUUGUGCUGGACCCAGGACUUGAACCGGCUUCCCAAGCCGCCCAUCGAGAUCCACUUGUCCGACCCGUUCUACCAGAGCUCGGCCUUGCACUUCAACAACCUCUUCCGGCGCUACGGGCUGCCCGUGGUGGUGUUGAACUUGAUCAAGACCAAGGAGAAGCAGCCGCGCGAGCUGAAGUUGAACCGCCACUUCGAGAGCUGCGUGGCCUACUUGAACCAGUUCCUCCCGCGCGCGCUGCGGCUCCAGUACCACUCGUUCGACAUGUCCAAGCACCUGCGCAAGAACCUCGACGUGAUCACGCCGCUCCAGCAGAUCGCGCGCAACGCCGUGCAGCAGACGGGCUUCUUCCACAACGGCAGGGACCUCCGCUCCACCAGGCUCCAGCGCGGCGUCGUCCGCACCAACUGCAUCGACUGCUUGGACAGGACCAACGCCGCGCAGUUCAUCAUCUUCAAGGAGGCGCUCUCGCACCAGUUGCAGAGUUUGGGGCUCAUUGCCUCCGCGACGGACUUGGACUACGACUCCGACCUCAUCAACAUCCUCACCGAGAUGUUCCACGACCACGGCGACACCAUCGCCGUCCAGUACGGCGGCUCCAACCUCGUCAACACCAUGGACUCCUACCGCAGAAUCAACCAGUGGUCUUCGCACACACGCGACGUGCUCAACAGCAUCAAGCGCAUCUACUCCAACUCGUUCAUGGACCUGAUCCGCCAGGAGGCCAUCAAUCUCUUCUUGGGCAACUACGUGUACCACCCGCGCAAGUUGAAGCUAUGGGAGCUCCAGAACGACUUCUACUUGCACAACACCCUCAUGCUGCUGCCCUUGCUGGAGAAGCCCAGCUACAUGCACUGGUACAACGCAAAGUAUCUCCAGGACACCCGCGGCCUUCUCCAGGACAGGCCCGACGUCCUGCCGGAGCCCCAAAGGCGCCCGGACGCGGCCGCGGACUCGAGCGACAACUGGUUCAACGAGUGCUACGGCCAGCGCAAAUUCGAGUCCUUCGGCGACCUCUUCCAGUUCAACAUGAACUCCAACGUCCGCUACUUCCCUUCCAACUUGAACUCGACCCCCAAGAACUUCGACUAUAGCCCUUUCGAAUCCCGCAAGCCUUUUUUCAAAAAGAAGGCCGGCGAAAGCGGCGACGGCCUGGACGGCAUGCGCCCGAUAGACGAGGCAGACGAGCCGCAAGACAAUGCGCAUCUUCAAGAUCACAAACGGCUGGAAAACGGCCGCUUGGAAGGGAAGGUCUCCGUGCGCGUCUCCCGCUUGCUCUCCUCCAAGCCCGUGGGCGAGCGAAAUCUGUCAAUCACAAAGGCCCCUUCCAGCAGGCAGCAUCUCUCCGAGCCAGCGAAUGUGGUGCUAGCAGAGCAACUCGCCCCGGGCAACUGGGUCCGUGGUUCGGGACCUGCGCAUCCGCACAGCUUGUACAAGGAGGUGCAAGUGAGCGAAGCGGAUAUGCAUGUGUACUCGAGUCAGUUCCUGCCCCCCAAGAUGCCUCCUCUUCACUUCGAAUCAAUUGCUCCCACGUUCCGGACUUCGCAGGCGGACUCCGAACUAUAUUUCAAGCUGACGACCACAGUGAUGCCCAACGAAUCCUUCUUGAAUGAAGAAUCUUUGAGCGCCAUGGAUCGGGAGAUAUACGCGCAGUACGUUCGGGCAAGCUUAAAUGAAGUCUAUUGAUAUUGUUUGAUUCUAGCUCAUUCUAUACAGGUGAUGCAUCAAAGAUCGCCAAAGAGAGACUCGCCGUGGAACGGAUUAUCAAAACCCAGUAAACAGCAACGGAUCUUCAAAGUUUAGCCUGUCCGGAAAAAUCAAAGCUCGCCGAGUAUAGGAAUGCGCCACUUGAG